AUGCCCAGGCAGUCAGAACCACCUGCCAGGCCAAAAGGUUGGCCGCAGAAAGCGACGCUGAAGGUGGUGGCAGGGCCUGAUGGCGGGGGCAGCAUCAGGGACGGUGGUGAGAGGCCCCUGGAGCAGAUAAAGGCUGAGGAUUGCGGAGGCCCCUGCACCGAGCUGUCCCCGAGUGGGCAGGGCAAGAACACCUCCAUCCUCGGCACCCGCCAGCUGGGCUCCAGCUUCCUCCUCAGCGUCUCUGCUUCUUCAGCCUCAGAUGCUCUCGUACCAGACCCCUUCUCUCAAGCCCACCCAAGGCCGCGGGCCAGGGAACCUGUCUUCCGAAAGCUGUCGCUGGCCGUGUUUACCGUCGGCGUUCCCCAGCCUCCAGUCGGGACUUCACCCUCUCUGCACCCGCUGCCCCACUCCCAGGGGCCGGUCACCCCGGAAGAGGUGGUCCUCGCGGGAGGACGACAGAGCCCAGCCCGGGUCCACCCGGGGGGGACAUCAGCGCUCACGCCGAAGACCCCGGCGCAGUCUCCCUCCGCACACGCCCCCCCGUUCCCACGUCGGGUUCUGGUUCCGCGGGGUGGAAGGCACUGUGCCCAUGGUCAGGGACACGUUUCCUUGGAUGCCUCUCGGUGCCCGCUCCACCCAGGGGCCCGCUGGGCCCAGGACGAUGACGGGCAGGGCAAGACCGGGCAGGGCAAGACCAGGCAUGUGGAGAGCAGGCGGGGGGUCGGGAAGGUGCCGGCUGCCUCGCAGGGACCCCACGCGGGACGGGGCGCCAAGCGUCCGGCCGCCGUGCUGGCUGCCAAGGCCACCUGGACCGAAGCUCCAUUUCUCAGCCAGAUGAGAGCAGGGCCGUGA